ACGCGAAACGCGAAUAUCUCGCCAUCGGUUGCGAUGCGAAGCAUCGCCAGGCCAAACAUCACGGCCAUCCCGCUUGAAUCUUGUAUAUAAACUCGUGUGGCACAUAAUCUGACUCUGAUUAUGUAUUUUAUUUGGAUUACAGUAGCGUCUUUUACAUUUGCAAAUUGCAUAGCUACUGAUGGCACGCUUGUAAAUGUUAAUAAGUAUUGCAGAGAUAGAGAUAGAUUGAUUACGUCCGAGGAAAACGACGAGUAUUUGCUCGUAAGUGCGGAGAAUCGAACAACUGUUAUAUUAGCAUGUCGUUACUGCAACGAGCGCGACGAGUCCGAAUCGAAAAUCUGGUACUAUCAAGACCGAUAUCGAGAAACAUCGGAGAAAGAAGUCGAGUUGGAUACGAACAACAACGUUUCGUACAGCAGAGUUUACACAACGCCGGAGUUUGGUCUGGUGAUCAAAAACUUCUCGUCGGUCACCGACGCCGGCAUCUAUCGAUGUCACGGGAAAGACGGACAAGAGGAAGAAAACAAAUACAACUACAGAAUCGAACCAAUUCUCAAAGAUAUCGGCGGCGAAUUUGUUGAAGAGGGAAACAUAACUGAAUGGGAGAAAUAUCACGAAACGUAUUUGUUACCCGUUACCAUGAGAUUUGCGGUCUCGCAAAUGAUGGACUUAGCUAGGAUUCGCGAAGAAGGAGUGAUUCUUCAAGUGAUAUCCGAAUGGGGUCCCUGGGGUCCGUGCAAGCAAUGUGUGUAUUAUCGCGGCAUUAAGACCAGCAGAGGUUAUUGCAGAUUGAAGCGCAACAUAAACUCGACAAUGGCACAGAGAAACGAUUCUCUUGUUAUACGUUUUUUCCGAAUAUCUCCGAAACUUCCUUGCAAAUCCAUCUUGCUUCAAACCGAAUUUCCCAGCAUCAGCCGUGCCGUGCGAUCGUUGCCAGAGUUCGUCUUGAGAGAAUCUUGCAAAAAAUGUCCACUCGCGAGGAAACGGAAGAAAGGUGAAAAGUUCCGAUACGCGAAGAGAUACGUUCUCGCCGAGGGCGCGCAUCUCGCCGUAGCGUGUCCGGAAUCGAGCACAGCGUCGCAAGUAAUUUGGAAGAAGGACAAACUCACUUUGCGACCGGGAACCGGUCGAUCAUUUCGUAAAAAAGAUGAGGUGGCGCGAAUAGUGAUAGACACCUUCUCGACACUUUAUUUAACGGAUGUGUCUAAAGAGGAACAAGGUAAUUACACCUGUUACGUGGAUGACGUUAACAUGAUGCGUUUGAAAAUUGUCGUCGUAUCUAAAACUCGCUUUCUCACACAAGCUUUUUUUCGGCAUUUGGGCUACCUGGGAGUUAUAAUCUUCUUGACUUCGAUCUGCUAUUGCGCAGGUGUGGUGAGAGUUUGUCGACGAAAAGAUAAAUUUCUGUCUUUAUCGCAGAAUGAUCCUUUUGGAAAAGAAAUUGAAUAAAUUCGAUAUUCGAAGUUACAAACAUGUUGACGCGAAAAUACAUCUCUAGUACAUCUUUAGUAUUUGUACGUAAACUAAUUUUUUUUGUUUUAGAAAUAAUGCCAUAAAACGCACGCUUCUACUCAUCAUCUGCUUUUCAUUCUCCUUUUUAUACAGUUACGUAUUUCUAAGUAUCUUUAUUAUUGCCACGAUGAUGUUAUCUCAUUAACAUUGUGCGUGACAAAGGCCGGUUGAAAACACUCCUCGUGCGGCUAUUUCCUUCGCGUUCCUUUGAUCCGAUCUUCCUUGGCAUACGAUGACCUUAAAGUAAAGUGAAAGGGGGAACUGGUAGAGACAGUUACGAGGCGUACGUACGUGUCUGUCCACAGAUAGUUUAGUUCCAAAAUGGCUGUGUCUCAUCGUAGCUCCCGGUUUCUUGUUUACAGUCAUUAGCGAGUUACCGAAGUCAUUUUAUAAGAAGACUGAACCGACAUUA